ACCACGCAUUAACAGGAGAAGUUCAUUAAAAAAAAAACCUAAAAUGUUCAAGUUUUUCGCUUUCGUACUUAUGGUUCUUGCUUCUGUCGCCAAUGCCGAGCCUAAGCCUAAACCCAGCGUGCUCGCGUACUCAGCGCCGGUGCUCCCUAUCGCGCCCUCAGCUGCCAUUUACACCCGGGAGUACCAUGGAAACUUUGCUGGGCCCUAUGUUGCUGCACCCUACAUAGCCGCAGCUGCCCCAGCUCCGUACGUCGCCUCGCCAUAUGUAGCCUCACCAUAUUUCGCGGCGCCUUACGCUCCUGCUUACACUGCACCGCUGCUGUUGAAGAAGUGAAUGCUGUGAAGUUUUGUAGUGAACUAAGAUAACUUUUAUUAAAAUGAUAACGAUAG